UUCUUUUUUUUUUUUUUGCAUAUGGGUAUCUAGUUUUCCCACCACCAUUUAUUAAAGAGACUACCCUUUUUCCUUGAGUAUUUUUGGCUACCUUGUCAAAUAUUAGUUGAUUGUCUAUGCAUGGGUUUAUUUCUGGACUCAAUUAGCCAUUUAUCUAAUGAUUAACAUUCAGGUUUUUGCAGUUUUUUGCUCUUAAUAAUGUGCUGUGGUGAGCAUUCUUCUACACAUGCCAGUUAACUCUGCUAUUCCACUCUUGCUAACUACCACUAACUGUGUUAGUUAACAAGAGUGGAAUAGCAGAGUUCUAGGGUGUGUACAUUUUAAACUUGACUGCAGUUUGCCCACUUGUUCUUCAAAGUGGCCGUGCCAAUUUACACCCCCACCCAUGGGCAGGAGAGUGUCCUCUCCAAUCCUUGAUAUUUCCAAGCUCUUUAGUUUUGGACAGGCCGGAAGAUGAAAUGGCAUCUUGCUGUUGUUUCAGUUUGUGUGUCCCUACAGACUAAUGCAUUUGAGCAUCAUCUAUCUGAUAGGUUGAUGACUAUUACUUCAGGCGGAAUCCAAUAGCAAAAUUGUUCUUGCGAGGCAGUGGGGCUGCUACUCCCUGGCUUUCAGUGGCAGGCCUUUGAGGUGGCUCUUUGGCCAACAAACCUACACCAAAAAGCUCACCAUGAUAUCUUGUGCCACCAGAAGAUGCUGCUGAAAUUUCAGUUGGCUGAGGCUGCUGUCAAAGGAGAGGAAAAAAGACCCAAACCUGUCCAUGAGCAGGACGUGUGUGGAGGCUUCCAGGAACUUUAGAUGCCCAGCAGUGAGUGGCAGCCCCUGGAGCAGUGGAGGGUGGGGUCGACAGAGCAGGAAAUGAUUCCACCAGCCACACCCCAGGGAAACACAGAGCAGCAAGUUUGCAGUAGUGAGAGUGCUAGGCUUUAUUGAGAAUCAGUGACACAGUCCACUCCUAGGGUUGAUUAAAUGUCAUGAAAGCUGGACAGUGUUCACCUCUGGAUUCCUUCUGAUGACACGUAAUCCUUGUGAUGAAUUUUAGAUUCUGAGAGGCCCUCAGCAGAGUCCAAUAGGAGUGCUGUAGCCCCUCUGCAUUGAGAAAACAGAAACGGGCAGGACAGGGAAGGAAGGGGAGCGACCACUUCAGUUCAUUCUGUUUUGUUUUGUUUUCUACAAGACGUUCCUCAGGAAGCUAAGGGAAUCACCUUUCUUGCAGACCUCAGUUAUACCCUGGUAGGAAAAGAAUGAACUCACUCUGUUGCCAGAAGACUUGGGUUUGAGUCCGGCCUUUGCCACUUUGUGCCCGUUUCCUAACCUGUAACACCGGGCUAAUGUUCCUUCUUGCCUGCCUUGGAGGGCUCUUGUUUGUAGCGAGCAGCACCGGGCCAGAAAUCUGGACCACAAAUUCUAGCUCUUGUUUUGACAGAAACUCACUGGGUAACUUAGUAAGCUCCUUAAGCUCUCUCUCCCUCAGUUUCUCAGUCUGUAAGAGGGUGUGAUCUCGCCUGUUCCACGGGCUGCCGUGAGAAUAAAGACGACAGAGGUGUGAAGGGUUUGCAUAAACACUGCGCUUUGGAGGUAGCAUCCGGCGCAAAGUUGUGCACAUUGUGCAUGAAAGUGCCCACCCACAAACAACCAAAACUGGUUUUACUUUAGAUGCAGAGAAGGUGCUUUUACGGGUGAACUCGAUUGGCUAGGACGAUUUGUGGCCUGUCUUCUUGGGAAGCUGAGCAGCAGGAUCAGAGAGGGUUUCGAAAAUGGGGACAAAGUCUGAAGACCAGCCAGGUGUCUUCCCGGGUCCUCUGGGAUCGCGCUGCUCCAGACGGCUCCCUUGCGCCACCUGGUGUCCCAUCCCCGCCACUGCCCAGAAACCACGUGUAAGAAAGUGCUUGCAACCUAACUACGCACCCUGGUUUAGACCCACAUUAGCCAAUAGAGAAGGGGGAGGCGGGGCAGGGGAAAGCGAGAGUCCAAUCACCUCCCGCUUUCCGAGGAGAAGGCGGGGCUUGGGAUUUACCACGUUGGGUUUGUCCGCAGCGCUAAUUACUUUUUCCAAAGACUGGAGGGCUCACUCCGGCUGGCGCCGCCGCUUCGCGCGCUCCUACUCCGCCGCGACCGUCCGGGGAGGGGGGGGCUACUCCUCCCAAGUACCAUGUGUGACGGCGCCCUGCUGCCUCCUCUCGUCCUGCCCUUGCUGCUGCUGCUGGUUUGGGGACUGGACCCGGGCACAGCUGUCGGCGACGCGGCGGCCGACGUGGAGGUGGUGCUCCCGCGGCGGGUGCUCCCGGAAGACGUGCACCUGCCGCCGCUGCCCGGCGCUCCAGGGCCCCGCAGGCGCCGGCGCCCCCGCGCGCCCCCAGCCGUCCCGCGCGCCCGGCCCGGCGAGCGCGCCCUGCUGCUGCACCUGCCGGCCUUUGGGCGCGACCUGUACUUGCAGCUGCGCCGUGACCUGCGCUUCCUGUCCGGUGGCUUCGAGGUGGAGGAGACCGGCGCAGCCGGGCGCCGCGGACGCCCCACAGAGCUGUGCUUCUACUCUGGCAGCGUGCUCGGCUACCCCGGCUCUUUCGUCUCGCUUAGCGCCUGCGGCGCCGCCGGCGGCCUGGUUGGCCUCAUCCAGCUUGGGCAGGAGCAGGUGCUAAUCCAGCCCCUCAACAAUUCCCAGGGACAAGAGCAUCUGAUCAGGCGCAGAUGGUCCUUGACACCCAGCCCCUCUGCCGAGACCCAGGUCUCUGGGCAGCUCUGCAAGGUCCUAACAGAAAAGAAGAAGCCGAGGAGGGGCUGGCCGUCACGAGACUGGCGGGAGCGGAGGAAUGCCAUCCGGCUGACCACCGAGCACACAGUGGAGACGCUGGUGGUGGCCGAUGCUGACAUGGUGCAGUACCAUGGGGCCGAGGCCGCCCAGAGGUUCAUCCUCACUGUUAUGAACAUGGUAUUCAAUAUGUUUCAGCACCAGAGCCUUGGAAUUAAAGUUAACAUUCAAGUUACCAAGCUUGUCCUGCUACGACAGCGUCCUGCCAAAUUGUCCAUUGGGCAUCAUGGUGAGCGGUCCCUGGAGAGCUUCUGUCACUGGCAGAAUGAGGAGUAUGGAGGCGCACGGUACCUCGGCAACAAUCAGGUUCCAGGAGGCAAGGACGAUACGCCCCCCGUGGAUGCUGCUGUAUUCGUGACCAGGACAGAUUUCUGCGUACACAAAGAUGAACCUUGUGACACCGUUGGAAUUGCUUACUUAGGAGGUGUGUGCAGUGCUAAGAGGAAAUGUGUGCUUGCCGAAGACAAUGGCCUCAAUUUGGCCUUUACCAUCGCUCAUGAGCUGGGCCACAACUUGGGAAUGAACCACGAUGACGACCACUCCUCCUGCGCUGGCAGGUCCCACAUCAUGUCGGGAGAGUGGGUGAAAGGCCGGAACCCCAGCGACCUCUCCUGGUCCUCCUGCAGUCGAGAUGACCUUGAAAACUUCCUCAAGUCAAAAGUUAGCACUUGUUUGCUGGUCACAGACCCCAGGAGCCAGCACGCAGUGCGCCUGCCCCACAAGCUGCCAGGCAUGCACUACAGCGCCAACGAGCAGUGCCAGAUCCUCUUCGGCACCAAUGCCACCUUCUGCAGAAACAUGGAGCAGCAUCUGAUGUGCGCUGGACUGUGGUGCCUGGUGGAAGGAGAUACAUCCUGCAAAACCAAACUGGACCCUCCCCUGGAUGGCACAGAGUGUGGGGCAGACAAGUGGUGCCGCGCGGGGGAGUGUGUGAACAAGACGCCCAUCCCGGAGCACGUGGAUGGAGACUGGAGCCUGUGGGGCAGCUGGAGCAUGUGCAGCCGCACGUGUGGCACGGGAGCCCGCUUCCGGCAGAGGAAAUGCGACAACCCUCCCCCGGGGCCUGGAGGCACGCACUGCCUGGGCGCAAGUGUGGAGCACGCGGUCUGUGAGAACUUGCCCUGCCCCAAGGGCCUGCCCAGCUUCCGUGACCAGCAGUGCCAGAUGCAUGACCGGCUGAGCAGCAAGAAGAAGGGCCUGCUGACAGCAGUGGUGGUUGACGAUAAGCCGUGUGAACUCUACUGCUCGCCCCUCGGGAAGGAGUCCCCGCUGCUGGUGGCCGACAGGGUCCUGGACGGCACGCCUUGCGGGCCCUACGAGACCGACCUCUGUGUGCACGGCAGGUGCCAGAAAAUCGGCUGUGAUGGAAUCAUUGGGUCUGCGGCCAAAGAAGACCGGUGUGGGGUCUGCAGCGGGGACGGCAAGACCUGCCGCGUGGUGAAGGGUGACUUCAGCCACUCUCGGGGCACAGUCAAGAAUAACCUUUGUACCAAGGUGUCCACGUGUGUGAUGGCAAAGGCUGUUCCCAGGUGUUUCUCAUGUUAUAUUGAAGCUGCUAUCAUUCCAGCUGGAGCUCGAAGGAUUCGCGUGGUGGAAGAUAAACCUGCCCACAGUUUUCUGGCUCUCAAAGACUCCAGCAAGAGAUCCAUCAACAGUGACUGGAAGAUAGAGCUCCCCGGAGAGUUCCAGAUUGCAGGCACGACCGUCCGCUAUGUUAGAAGGGGCCUGUGGGAGAAAAUUUCCGCCAAGGGACCAACCAAAAUGCCUCUGCAUUUGAUGGUGUUGUUAUUUCAUGACCAAAACUAUGGAAUUCAUUACGAAUACACCAUUCCUGUAAACUACACUGCUGAAAAUCAAAGUGAACCAGAAAAACCGCAGGACUCCUUGUUCAUCUGGACCCACAGCAGCUGGGAAGGUUGCAGUGUGCAGUGCGGAGGAGGGGAACGCAGAACCAUCGUGUCCUGCACACGGAUUGUUAACAAGACCACGACUCUGGUGAACGACAGUGACUGCCCUCAAGCCAGCCGUCCGGAGCCCCAGAUCCGAAGGUGCAACUUGCACCCAUGCCAGUCACGGUGGGUGGCAGGCCCGUGGAGCCCCUGCUCAGCGACCUGUGAGAAGGGCAUCCAGCACCGGGAAGUGACCUGCAUGUACCAGCUGCAGAAUGGCACACACGUCGCCACUCGGCCCCUCUACUGCCCAGUGCCCCGGCCAUCGGCAGUGCAGAGCUGCGAAGGCCAGGACUGCCUGUCCAUCUGGGAGGCGUCAGAGUGGUCACAGUGUUCUGCCAGCUGUGGUAAAGGGACAAAGAAACGAACUGUGACAUGCACCAACUCACAAGGAAAAUGCGACGCAUCCACGAGGCCAAGAGCCGAGGAGCCCUGUGAGGACUACUCCGGCUGCUAUGAGUGGAGAACAGGGGGCUGGUCCAAGUGCUCGUCGACCUGUGGAAAGGGCCUGCAGUCCCGUGUGGUGCAGUGCAUGCACAAGGUCACUGGGCGCCAUGGCAAUGAGUGCCCUACCCUCUCCAAGCCAGCAGCCUACAAACAGUGCCACCAAGAAGUCUGCAAUGACAAGAUCAAUGUGAACACCAUCACUUCCCCUCGCCUCGCUGCUCUGACCUACAAAUGCACACGGGACCAGUGGACAGUGUAUUGCAGGGUCAUCCGAGAAAAGAACCUCUGCCAGGACAUGCGGUGGUACCAGCGCUGCUGCCAGACAUGCAGGGACUUCUAUGCGAACAAGAUGCGCCAGCCACUGCCGCCACCAAGUUCAUGACAGGCGGCCAGUGGUCCCACGAUGCUCUGACAUGAGGUCUGAGUCCUGACGACAUGGCUAGUUGAAAGCCCACCCACCUGAGAGCACACCAGUCCUGCGGCUGGGACCCCCAAAGCACACCACGGCUCACCCAGGAGGCUGUCCCAAGAACCCAAUUGCUUAGAACCUGAGAGUGGACUUGACGUUUGCUUAGUGCUUUUAUACUUAAUAUAUUGUUAACAGCCACUGGAUGGCUUUCUACGGUAAGGAAAAAAUAGGCAUGAGUCACAAAAUAGCUGUAAUUUCUAAGGUUCCACGUACCUCAAAGGGAACACCUCUGACAGAAAUCGUCAAGAGAAACGUCACAGGCGCCCCUGUCUUGGCUUUCCUCUGACGUUUGAAUUCCCAGUGCUUGGUGUAUCGGGGGAGGGGGAGGAUAUCCAAAAAACGGAGACGUUUUACUUUAAAGCAGGCUUUAUUCUGAAAGCCCGUGACACCCUGGAUGGAUGGAGGCUUCUCUGGAGAGGCCGGGCUGCUGGAGCCCCCUUGACACCACAAGGACCAGCACGUGGCCCCUCCACCCUGUCAAGGAAAGUGCUCUCUAGAUCGCGGCUUUUCCUUGGAGGUCUUGUCCCUGAGAGUCUGAGUCUGUGUGAAUUAAAAAGGACGCUAGGGCUGUGUAGUUCUGCAUACCACCUAUGUGGGGGAGAAUAUUCCAGAAGGGCUUGGGUUUGGGGACGUAUCUAGUUUUCAGAUCUCUGUUGUCCCCCACACAGGGAAACAGAAGAGCCUCUCUUCAAGGUGCUGUGAGAGGAGGCACGUGCUAAUUUUGGCCUUGGGAUUGCUUCCUGGCAUAGAGGUGAGCUCAGGGCAGCUUUGGGAGGGGUGGAGGGGCUCCCCCUCUGCUUCUGGGGACCUCUGUUCUAGCCAGUACUUCAUAAAGCUUUGCACCUUAGAGAUGGCUUCCCAUUAACCUUGGCCAUCUAUCUGAAGUUGAUUCUUCUUAGAACCUCUGAAGACUCAGGCUCAGGCCUGGCGCUUCACCCUGGCACGGGGCAGGUUUCCUCCAGGACUGCUCAGCCUAGUGCCAGGAUGGGUGGAGGAGUGGCCCGUGGCCAGGAUGGCCGCAUACCCACCCAGCCUUCCCGUGGCCCAGACCUUGCAACGUUCGUCAUUGUCAUGCUGUCGUUGUUGACCCGUCUUAGUGGGUCAAGAAUGACACUCAGAAAAUCCGGAAGAAGGUAUUUGCCUCCUACAGACACCUCACCCCUCAAAACAGAACUGUGCCCUCUCUGGAGCCCAGGGAGAUGAAAAGAGUGUCCUCUGUGAAAGCACAGAAGAUGGUAGGACCCUGCCCGCCCGGGAGCUGGGAGGAGGGGACCCGACAUGCUGGGAGGUCUGGUCUGCUGACCAACUCGGUGGGCCUUUGAUGGGUGCUUAUAUUCAAGGACUUUAUCAUGAGAAACCCACCCUCUCCUCCCUUAUUUCAGAGGGGAUCUUACUUAGGCUAAUCUCCAUGGGAUCAUCUCCAAGUGCUUCUUGAUUUACUGGUGCUGUGUUUAUGUAUCUGUGUUUGAGUUUUUGAUGUCACAACUUUAGAGUCAGCUUAAAUCAGAAAGAAAAAGAAACACUCUGCCACCCAAGCCCGUCGUAUGGGCUGUGUUUUGGUUUGUGAUUUUUUACUGCCCCAGAGGCAGAGAAGUGGUAGGGAUGGCAGGGAAUCUAUUCAGUUCCACUUGAAUCUGUGAGAAGUGUUGAGAAAACUCCUUAGAUGUUCUGUGGAAAGACCCCAGAGGGUACCAGGCUGGGGCAGCCCACCUGCAAGGUAACCUCCAGCGGCUGCCCAGGGCCUGUGCAGAACGCUGUCCUCCCUGCUCUGGCUUGGCCGCGAGCAGACUCCCCAGGCCCCUCAAAGUCUUGGGGAGCUAGGGCUCAGUUUUCCCCCAGCCCCAAAUGGGCUGUACUUUACCACAGAUGAACAGAAAGCUCUCAGCCUCGGGGGCUGAGGAGCAGAGUCGGGGCAGCAAGCUAAGGAAGCCGGGGCAGCCUUGCUUACUGUCUGCAUGGGAACCAUGGGCCCACCUGAGCUGGGCAAGCAUAUGCACAUGCCCAGAGGCAAGCCCUUUGCCUGGUGCCUCUGAAUCUCCCCCCUGGCCACCUUGACGGUAUCAACUGGACGCCCCUGGCAAGGGCCCCACACCCUCAGAAUGCAAAUGACUGAUUCAAUUAUUGUUAAACAUCCCUUUGGUUCCCCAAAGUUUGGGUCUUUCUGAGCUCUUUUAGCUCAUGCUGGCACUGUCACUCUGAAAUUCACCAGCCCGCCUUCUGUUCCCUUCACAAGCAAUGAUCAAUUUCAGUGAAGCCAUCAUAGCACUCUUGUUCCACUUUGUACAGAAGACAAUGAAACCCUGUCAUUACAACAGUGAUGUUUCUUUAUGGUUAACAAUACCCUGUACUGUCACUCAAGUACUGUACCUUUUUGGUUGCACAAAUGUGUUACUAACUACAGAGUCUCACAAUCUUAUGGUGCUAUUUUCAUUGGUGCAAAUGAAACCCUCUCAGUUGACCAUGGCUUGAUAUUAUCAGAACACAGGGAAAGAUCCUCAAUGGCAGUAAUAUCAUUGCUUUGUUCUCUUUUCUUCAUUUCAGAGUCAAAUGUAUAUAUUUUCCAUUAGCUAACUUACAUUACGUACUGUACCCAUGGUAUUUUUGUUUUACUUUUUGGUGCUGGUUUGAAAGAAAAGAAAAAAAAAGAACAGAAGACAAACAUUGGACACCACUGUAAAUGAAAAAUUAAGCAUUUCAUUGGAAGUGAGUUGAAUAUGUUUAAUAAAAUGUUCUUCCAUAACAA